CGCGUCCUACGCAGCAGUCGCGAGCCAGGGCUGCGGUGCCAGACGGUUCCCGGCGGGGGGCAGGGGCGGGACUCCUGGCGGAGGAGCCCCGAGGAGGCCUGCUUGACGACUGCCAUGGCAUCCUACUACGAGAUUCUAGACGUGCCGCCGAGUGCGUCUGCUGAUGACAUCAAGAAGGCGUAUCGACGAAAGGCUCUGCAGUGGCACCCAGACAAGAACCCUGAUAACAAAGAGUUUGCUGAGAGGAAAUUUAAGGAGGUGGCAGAGGCUUAUGAAGUGCUGUCUGACAAGCAUAAGCGGGAGAUCUACGACCGCUACGGCCGAGAAGGGCUGACUGGGGCAGGAACCGGCCCCUGUCGGGCAGAAGCUGGUGGUGGUGGUGGGCCUGGUUUCACCUUCAGCUUCCGCAGCCCUGAGGAAGUCUUCCGGGAGUUCUUUGGCAGUGGAGACCCUUUUGCAGAGCUCUUUGAUGACUUGGGCCCCUUCUCGGAGCUUCAGAACCGGGGUUCCCGACACUCUGGCCCCUUCUUUACCUUCUCCUCCUCCUUUCCUGGGCACUCUGAUUUCUCCUCCUCGUCUUUCUCCUUCAGUCCCGGGGCUGGUGCUUUCCGCUCUGUUUCGACGUCCACCACUUUUGUCCAGGGACACCGCAUCACGACACGCAGAAUCAUGGAGAAUGGGCAGGAGCGAGUGGAAGUGGAGGAGGACGGGCAGCUGAAGUCAGUUUCAAUCAACGGUGUCCCAGAUGACCUGGCACUGGGCUUGGAGCUGAGCCGUCGUGAGCAGCAACAGUCAGUCACCUCCAGGUCGGGAGGUGCACAGAUUCGGCAGACCCCUGCCCCACGCCCCUCUGACAGCGACCUCUCUGAGGAGGAUGAAGACCUGCAGCUUGCCAUGGCCUACAGCCUGUCAGAGAUGGAAGCAGCUGGGCAGAAGCCGGCAGCCUGCCCCAGCUGCAGGACUAGGCAGAGAUGUGUUCUGAGCUGGAUGUCCAGGAUGCAGAGUCGCUUCACAGUUCCAACAGGACAGCACCCUUACCCAUGUAAUGGGAGGGGACACUCCAUUCCUCCCUCACCCAUGCUUGAGUGUAGAGCUGGGGCCUGGGCAGUGGGUGGGGGGCAUCAGUAGUCUUAGCCUGUGUACUCUUCCCUGGGUGUUUGCUGCUGUCUCAUGAGGACUACAAGUCCCAUAAUGCAAUGCACCCAGCCAAAUUUCUGAUAGGUUACACCCAGGAGAAUUGGUGCCUGGUUAUGGAGCUGUGUUUCUUGGGAUUUGUAGUUCCAGCCCUGGCCCACCAGUCACUUGCUGUGAAUGGGGAGAUCUUGUCUUUUGCUUUGUCCCUGGUGCGGUGGCAAGGAUGUGGAUGAAGGGGGAAUGACCUGAGCCUGGGUUCCCCUGAUGCUUCUUGCUAGCUCCAGGGUUGGAGUGGGCAGGUCAAGACCUUGCAGCAUCUGGGAGAAGUCCUCUUCUUCUGGGCCAGCAGGCAGAGUAGGCAGGGUGUGGCCCUAGAAGGCUGAUGGAUGUGGGCUGGCACAGCUUGGAAGGGAAAGCCACCCUUACAGAGGCAUGUGGUUGGCACUGGUGUGUGCUGGGAACACGGGGCAUGCUGCUGCUUGAAUGGCUUUCUUUGGCCUCUGACCCUGCUGCCUAUUCUUUCUUUCCAACAUCACAGGCAGCUGCCUCUCCUCCUCCCUACCUGGGGAGCCUAAAGCCUGGGAGGGGACUGGUGGAGGAGGGUGCUGCUAGCCCCUGUAACACUGUGAGUCCCACAGACCUACCAGAGCCAGCCGGGCUGGGCUCAGACCAAGAGGGAAACUGGAAUUCAAUAAAACUGAGUUGUGAGAGCUCA